CACACGCUGAUUUUGCCCACUCUUGGGUGACUUUUGCCACAACGGGUUUUGCCAACUGCCGUUGUCUGUUGUUGGAUGGCGGAGGACAGUGGCGGCGAUGGUGGUGGUGGCAGGCGUCAUGGUGAUGCCACUGCCGUCAUGACAAGGCGCAGCGCGUACGUGCGGCUGCUUGGCAUCCAUGUGCAACUCCUCAAGCCGUUCCUAGAAGGCCGAGGCGUAGGCAGCACUGGAAGUGGUGGCAAUGGCCUUUGUUUGCCAAAUGGACGCCACGUGCGGUUGGCCAUGCUCGCUGGAAUCGUGACGGAAGUCGACAAAGGAACCCACUUUGUCGCCUACAAAGUGGACGAUGGGACGGCAGAGGUGCCCUGCAUCGUCUGGCGACGGGAUGAGAGCGAGCGGCACGCACGGUUCAACCUGGAGUUGGGAUGCCACGUGCUCGCGUGGGGCGCCGUCACCGUGUUUCGCGGCAAACGCCAGCUCACCACCCACGGCAUCAGCGAAAUCACGGCAGUGGAAGAGGCAGUGCACUGGGCAGAGGCGAUGGCAGCCGUGCCCGCGCACACACUGCAGCCAUUGUGAGCAUGUGUUGCGAGACCACUCACUUUGUUGUGCAACCUCCCUUUUUUGACUGGUCGCCAUUAAAAGUGCAACGAAUCCA